AAGUCUAUAGUGAGAGCCAAGUACUUCAUUUACACCACAGGAACCGAAGAGUGUAAGAAGGAGACCUCAGCUGGUUGUGCAGACAAAAUGGAAUCCAACUACUCCAUCCAUCUGAAUGGAUCAGAAGUGGUGGUUUAUGAUUCUACCAUCUCCAGAGUUCUGUGGAUCCUCUCAAUGGUGGUUGUCUCCAUCACUUUCUUCCUUGGUGUGCUGGGCAAUGGACUAGUGAUUUGGGUAGCUGGAUUCCGGAUGCCACACACUGUCACCACUAUCUGGUAUCUGAAUCUAGCAUUGGCUGACUUUUCUUUCACAGCAACUCUACCAUUCCUUCUUGUUGAAAUGGCUAUGAAAGAAAAAUGGCCUUUUGGCUGGUUCCUGUGUAAAUUAGUUCACAUUGUGGUAGAUGUAAACCUGUUUGGAAGUGUCUUCUUGAUUGCUCUCAUUGCCUUGGACCGCUGCAUUUGUGUUCUGCAUCCAGUCUGGGCUCAGAACCACCGCACUGUGAGCCUGGCUAGGAAGGUGGUUGUUGGGCCCUGGAUUUUUGCUCUGAUUCUCACUUUGCCCAUUUUUAUUUUCUUGACUACUGUUAGAAUUCCUGGAGGAGAUGUGUAUUGUACAUUCAACUUUGGAUCCUGGGCUCAAACUGAUGAAGAAAAGUUGAACACAGCUAUCACUUUUGUAACAACUAGAGGGAUCAUCAGGUUCCUUAUUGGUUUCAGCAUGCCCAUGUCAAUUGUUGCUGUUUGCUAUGGACUCAUUGCUGUCAAGAUCAACAGAAGAAACCUUGUUAAUUCCAGCCGUCCUUUACGAGUCCUUACAGCAGUUGUGGCUUCCUUCUUUAUCUGCUGGUUUCCCUUUCAGCUUGUGGCCCUUUUGGGCACAGUCUGGUUUAAAGAGACAUUGCUUAGUGGUAGUUAUAAAAUUCUUGACAUGUUUGUUAACCCAACAAGCUCAUUGGCUUACUUCAAUAGUUGUCUCAAUCCGAUGCUCUAUGUUUUCAUGGGCCAGGACUUUCGUGAGAGAUUUAUUCAUUCCCUGCCUUAUAGUCUUGAGAGAGCCCUGAGUGAGGAUUCUGGUCAAACCAGUGAUUCAAGCACCAGUUCUACUUCACCUCCUGCAGACAUUGAGUUAAAGGCCCCAUGAAGUCUGUGAUAAGGGAUGGUUUUCAUUCCACUUCAGUCCCAUUCCACUUCUGCCUUCCUUACCUUAUGCUGUGUCCUAUAGCAUUUUUAAUCUGAAAAAAAAAAAAAAACUUCUGUGUCCCCUGAAUCUGGAAAAUGAAAUAAAAGUCAAUGU